GAAGCUUGGGAAAAAAAAGAAAAGUUUGUACCUUCCUUGGUAUUCGAGUGCAAACCGCACACUCAAACAAACCCUAGUGCGCAGCUAGAGCUCCCAUUCAGGGACAGGUAGCGGUACACUGGAGGCAUUUUCUGGGACUUGUUAUCUACUAGCUGGGAUCAGAGCCGGAGCUGAGCGGAGGAUCGGCAGAGCGAUUGAGAGUGAUGGCGGACUGGAGCUUGCUGGAGAAGCUGCUGGGGGAGGUGCAGGAGCACUCCACGGGGCUGGGGCAGGCCUGGCUCACCGUCCUGUUUGUGUUCCGCGUGCUGGUGCUGUGCACGGCCGCCGAGUCUGCCUGGGACGACGAGCAGGCUGACUUCACCUGCAACACCCUGCAGCCAGGCUGCCAGCCAGUCUGCUACGACCGCUGCUUCCCCAUCUCCCACUUCCGCUACUUCGUGCUGCAGAUCAUCUUCGUGUCCACUCCCACCCUGCUCUACCUGGGGCACGUGGCCUGGAGAGCGGGCCGGGCGAGGAAGAGGGGGGAGGAGGAGGAGGAGGGGGGAGCCGAGCUCAAAGGGGUGCUGAUGUUGCCCUACACCCUGAGCGUCGUCUGCAAGGUGAUCUUGGAAACAGGCUUCCUCCUGGGGCUCUGGUUCCUCUACGGCUUCACCAUCCAGCCCCUCUACGUGUGCCAGGGCUUCCCCUGCCCUCACCAGGUGGACUGCUACGUGUCGCGCCCCACCGAGAAGACGGUCUUCACCAUCUACAUGCAGGGCAUCGCCGUGGUGUCCCUCCUCCUCAACCUGAUCGAGCUCCUCCACCUCCUGGCUGGGGGGCUCAUGAGGAAGGCUCGCAGGCUCUACUGGGGGGGCAGGCGGGCCGAGGAGCCAACGCUCAAGCCAGGGCUCCCCGAGAACGGAUUCGUCUGCCUGCCCGCCAGCGGACCCCCCGCCGGUCCCCCGCAGACCUGGGCUUGCCAGGCAGAGCAAAGGACCGCAGCCCCCCAGUUUGACCAGCUGCCCCAGUACGGGGCCUGCGUCGGUCCAGUGAAGGCAGCUACCUCUAAUAAGCCUGCAGAUCGAAGGUCAGCAAGCAGGGGCUCCGAGGCAGAGAAGAAGCAGUAUGUUUAAGGCACUCUGUUAGGGGGGAUGUGAAAAGGGUUUGCAAUGCUGCCAGCACUGUACUGUACUGUACUGUAUAACACAGCCUUGCUAUGGGGAUUGCAUGGGCGUGUUGUACAAGGCUGUGGGUGGACUGCCAGCCAGCCAGACAGACAGACAGACAGACAGACAGACAGACAGACGUUGGGUCAGGUCCUCUGGUUAUCUCUUCUCAGGGGAUUGCGCUGGCCAGGGAAGCAGAUAGGUGUAGUUCCUUGGUUUGGUCACCAAGUAGCGCUGUGUGCUAGCAAAACAAAUGAAUCAAUAAAAGUCCAGUUUGAAAAAAA